UGUGAGCGGCUGAUGUACCAGUGGGCACUGGGUGACCAGAGUGCCAUGGACGAGAGAGUGACGGUGGGUCGAUCCUGCAGAACUUCUGGCUUCACUGCAAAUUCAUCUCCACACCUUCCUCCACCUGAAGACAGGUCAUUCUACUCCGUCUACGCCCACAGUUAUAACCUGGAGGUACCUCGGGACGAUGUGGAGGGUCUCCACGGAGACCUCCAGCCCCUGGCCUCCUCCCUCCAGUACCCUGGUUAUGGAGGCACCUCAGUCAUGAAUGACACGCCCUCUACCUUCCUUAGGUGGACACCGCACCAUCUGCGGACUCAGCCUGAUCUACUGCAGCAGAGGCCAAGCUCACACCACCUACGUCAGGCUCACAGAGACUUCACCACAUGCUGAUCUGGCAUCCAACUUUAUGAUGCGGUACAUGGAGUUUAUGUGAUAUUCUGAAGAAAUAAUAACCACUAGGGUAGUGUAAGACGUCAGUAGUGAGCCCUGUGUGUUCACUGAUAAACAGGACAGUCUGUUAAUAUAUGGUGGACCGACAGUUUCUGGUAGAAAGAUGCCAGUCUGUUCUCCAUGUGGUAUCCAACAGAUAAGCGCCAGAGUACAUUUUCCCAAACCCGACGGCAGUGGGAAGAUGACCAGAAUCCUAAACGAGGUUUAACAGCAAACAAUUUAUUGUGGGCCAGCUCGAACGAGCAUUGUUGUCAGCAAAUACAUAGUUACUGACUCACGAAAUCGUAAUGACACGAUUGCAAACAAACCGUAUAAAUAUACCUAGUUGGACGAAUCUUAAUGUAGCCAGCUGACCCAGUGGCUAACACGUCGGUCUGGAGUUUCAUGAUUCUCUGAUCACGGGUUCUAUCCCCGCCCGUGGUAUUGUUUGAUACAUAGUUGUUAAGAGAGCACUGAAACAUAGUUCAAGCCUUUCAUAAGCACCUAAGCAGCCACUUUCAAGUGUCCUCGUCGUUAAUGGUGUAUUAUAUCCUACCUGUGAAAAAUAUUCAGCAUUUUUCA